CGCCGCACCCAAAUUUAUAUAUAUAUGGUGUCGCUCUCGCCGCCCGCCGCGCUCGCCACGCGGGCGUGGGUGCAGCGGGUCGUCGUGGGCCUUGCGCUCUGUCCGUGGGCCCAGCCGGCCGAGCAGGCCGGAAAAAUCCGCUACGCCGUCACCGCUGCGGCAACGGCCGGCGACCUCCUGCUCGCGCUUGAGACGGAGGUGCGCCGGCUGCAGGCCGAGCCGGGGCUCGAGACCACGCUGCUCGUGCACCCGCAGGCGCUGCGCUCGUGGGAGGAGUUCUAUCCGUGGGUCGGCGGAGACGCAGAGGCGUGGCUCGAGGACGCGGGGCUGGACGACGCGUUCCAGGUGGUCGGCUUCCACCCCGGCUUCUGCUUCGCGGGCGAGGAGGCGGACGACGCGUCGAACUGGACGAACCGCUCGCCGUUCCCGAUGACGCACAUUCUGCGCCAGGACUCCGUCGAAUCGGCGAUCGAAUCGCACCCGGACCCGCAGGCGGUGCCCGAGGGCAACAAGUGUGUGCUCCGCCGGAUGGGCACGGAGCGCUUGCGCGAGCUCGUGCGGCGGUGUGUUGACGAGGGAUGAGCAGGCGCAGAUGGUCGCCGGCGAGCCUGUGACGGAGGCGGAGGGGGGCGCGAGACUAGCCGAGAGAUGUGGCGAGAUGCGGCGAGGUGCGGCGAGGUGCGGCGAGGUGCGCCGACAGGUUCGGCCACAGCGCUGUGUGUUUCCCCGCCGCCCCGAUCGGCAUGCUCAUCGGCCACACCGCGGCCACCGCCGAAGGGGCGGAGAGCCCGUUGCCGCUCGCCUUUAACGCGCUGGCGGCGGGCACCUUCCUCCAGAUGGGCGCAGUAGAGGUGCUCGCAAGCGAGAUGAUGGGAGGCCACGGCAAGUGCCCCGGCAUUGUCAAGUACCUCUUCGCGAUGAUGGGAUUUGCCACCAUGGCGAUCAUCGCCAAGUACGCCUAGGCUCUCUGCCCGCGGCCGCGCCCUGAUGACGCUGAGCUGCCGGGCAACAGCUCGGUUGGGGAGCUCUAGAGGACUAGAGCUCCCUCUCCACCCCUUCCUUGCGACAGAACACAGCGAAGUGGAGAAAGUGACUUUGUUGAGUGAUUCUGAGAUUAGGUGAGUUGUUUCCCCUUUUUGGAGGCA